AUGGAAAAAACUGCUGGGGGAUUCGACCUGCCAUAUCGAUCUCCCGGGACCGCCGCGUUGGAGUCAAUAAUUGUUGUCCUGUUCACGAUUUUAUCAAUACUUGAAAACACUUUGAUUAUCGCGGCGUUUUUCCAUCUCAAGUCAUUAAGAACUAUUCCAAAUAUACUCGUGGUCAAUUUAUCGAUCGUGGAUGUCCUUUCUGCCAUAACGACACACCCUCUGCUAGCAUCGGUGCUGAUUCAGGGAGCUUGGUGCUUGGGACAAGAAGCUUGUAAAUACCAAGCGAUUUUAAACUCUUUUCUAUUCACAACCAAAACUCUAAGUGUAACCUUCAUAACUUUAAACCGAUACCUGAUCAUCGUCAGAUACAAAAAGUACACCAACAUGUUUACUAAACGCUCAACUCGCUUGUUUCUGGUGGCGAUUUGGAUCUCAUCGUGUCUCCUCGCCUUAUCUCCGAUAAUGGAACAAGACGAAGCGACAUUUCACGCUAAAGAAUCCCUUUGUGUCAUUUCAAGCAAGAAUUCGGCAAGUUCUGUAGUUAUGGUUGUAUUUGAGAACAUUUUCUUCCUUGCAACGAUCUAUCUUAACUACGCGAUUUUAAGCUUAGUCCGCUUACAUCGAAAACAAGUUUUUUCCUUCUUCGAUAAAAAGACUUCCCCUUCAACUUCAAGAGUGACUCCCGCGAGCGCGGCGCUGACAAGCUGUCGACCAUAUGCGAUUGGCACGCGUGGAACAAUUGCGAACAGAAACGAAGAACCUCACAUCGCAAGGAAGGUUUUUACUGUAACAACUUUAUACACUAUCUGCUGGCUGCCUCAAGGCAUAUUAAAAAUCGCCAGCCUUACAAAUAAUAACAUGUCACGUGAGAUCUGGAUGACGUCCACGUUCUGCAUGCAGCUGAGUUCCGUGUUGAACCCUAUCCUUUACGGAUUGCUCAACAGAAAACUGAGGAAAACUAUAUUUGGGAUGUUCAAGAUAAAGGCUAAAAUGCUGAUUCACGUCGCUGCUACAGAAGUUUCCACCAGACGCCUUCAAAUGAGGUCAUUUAAAGGUGCUUUUACAGUCAGCCGCGUAGGCGCACAGGCUCCCUGA